UCUGGCUGAGGGCGGAGGAGCCGGUGGAGCGCCCGGGGCAGCGGCUGAGGCGGGACGGCGGCGGCGGGGGCCGCUGCCCCCGGAAGAGCCGGCCGAGAUGCUGGCGGAAAACCUAGUGGAGGAGUUUGAGAUGAAGGAGGACGAGCCGUGGUACGACCACCAGGACCUCCAGCAAGAUCUCCAACUUGCUGCUGAACUUGGGAAGACAUUACUGGAUCGGAACACAGAGUUAGAAGAUUCUCUUCAGCAGAUGUACACAACCAAUCAGGAGCAGUUACAGGAAAUUGAGGUCCUCUCCACCCUCCCAGUCUGUGGUUGCACUUUUUGCAGUUUCAGUUACGUGGUCAGCCCCCAUCCAGAAACAGACAAUUCUCCUUCCGUUGUAUGGUCAGAAGGUGCCUUGGAGCUUCACACUGUGUCACAAUGCCUGCGUCACUCACCUGGCUUAUCUCAUCACGUGGGUGUUUUAUCAGCUCAUGUCAUCAGAAGAAGUUAUCUGACCAAGCAGGUGGAGCUUCUACGGCAGAUGAAUGAACAGCAUGCAAAGGUUUAUGAGCAAUUAGAUGUCACAGCAAGGGAACUGGAAGAAACAAAUCAAAAGCUAGUUGCUGACAGCAAGGCCUCACAGCAAAAGAUUGUGAGUCUGACUGAAACAAUCGAAUGUCUACAAACCAACAUUGAUCACCUCCAGAGCCAGGUGGAGGAGUUGAAGUCAUCUGGCCAAAGAAGGAGGAGCCAGGGAAAAUGUGACCAGGAGAAACCGGCACCCAGCUUCUCAUGUCUGAAGGAACUGUACGAUCUCCGCCAACACUUUGUGUAUGAUCAUGUGUUUGCUGAGAAGAUCACUUCCUUGCAAAGUCAGCAAAGCCCUGAUGAAGAAGAAAAUGAGCAUUUGAAGAAAACAGUGACGAUGUUACAGGCCCAGCUAAGCCUGGAGCGGCAAAAGCGGGUGACCAUGGAGGAGGAAUAUGGGCUUGUGCUCAAGGAGAACAGUGAGCUGGAACAGCAGCUGGGAGCCACUGACGCCUACCGAGCGCGGGCGCUGGAAUUGGAGGCUGAGGUGGCAGAGAUGCGGCAGAUGCUGCAGUCAGAGCAUCCUUUUGUGAAUGGGGUUGAGAAGCUGGUGCCAGACUCUCUAUUCAUACCUUUCAAAGAACACAGCCAGAGCCUGCUGGAGGAGAUGUUCCUGCCUGUGUCGGAAGCACACAGAAAGCCUCUCAAGCGCAGCAGCAGUGAGACAGUGCUAAGCAGCUUGGCAGGGGGGGACAUCGUGAGGGGUCAUGAGGAGACCUGCAUUCGGAGGGCCAAGGCUGUGAAGCAGAGAGGCAUCUCCCUUCUGCACGAAGUGGACACUCAGUAUAGCGCCCUGAAGGUAAAGUAUGAGGAGCUGCUGAGGAAGUGCCAGCAGGAAGAGGACUCCCUGUCCCAUAAGGCCGUGCAGACCUCCAGGGCACUGGCCAAAGAGACCCAGCCUGAGCUUGACACCAGCAGUUGGGAGCCAGCUUCUGCUACCCCAGAGCCUGUCAGUUCCCCCACCACCACCACACCUCCAGAAUAUAAAGCGCUUUUUAAGGAGAUCUUUAGUUGCAUCAAGAAAACUAAGCAAGAAAUAGAUGAACAGAGAACAAAAUACCGAUCUCUUUCCUCUCAUUCCUAAUUCAACCUCCAGCUCUACUACUAAUUUGCCUAUUUCUUUUCACCUCUCUCUCCAACUCCGACAAGUGUUUGUAAACCCCGCAGCCUAAUAUUACUCAUGAUGUUUGCCUCGUAGCUUUGCUUAUUUAGCAGCUGCGAACAGCAGCAGGGAAAGAAGGUGGCUGCUGGUGUCUGUUCUAUAAUCCAGAUCUGUUUAAACUCCUCAGGAAAUCCCAUGACAACUGGCCUCUGGCUGGCGCGCUGAUUAGGUUGUGAUUCCUUGAAAAGCCCCAGAACCAGUGGAGGGAUAGAUCCAUGCUCCUAGGGAAGUAGGCCUGGAGUUACUAUAGUGUAUAGUAUAUAGAGGUUGUAUAGUGUAGAGGAGCAAAAGGGCAGAGUUGAAACAAAAUUAAGGCAACUUUUGCUCCUCCUUCUCAAAACCAUAGAAGUCAGAUGGCUGCCAAACUGAAGUAGCUUUCACAAACACUGUUGGAUACUGUGAAUUCAUUAAGAAAGAAUGUCCAGGAGAAAGCAGGGGUCUAAUCCAGAAUAAAUGGCAUUGACAAAUACUCCAGGCCUUGUGUUUUGUUCCAUCCACUAGUAGUUGAGCUGUGACUGACAAGUCAUAAUGUGUCUAAGUCCAACCAAUGCCGAACUGAAAAGGCAAGCUCCGGUUUGACCACAGUUAGCUUGUUAGCAGAGGCCCUAGAGGGCCUUCCCCACCCCAAACCCCCCACCUCCAGAUGGUUUUCCUCAAAGCUGUAGUGGUUAGCAGAGGCAGAUGUGUAAAUCUUUCAUCCCUAAAGUCAAAAUAAAGCAGCAAGAUCCAAGCCCUCACUCCUACCGUGUUGUCCGAGCUGGCUCAGCUGACAGCCGCAAGCUACCCUUGUUCAGUUCCUGUCGUUCCUGGAAAUGUUUGUGACUUGUGCAGAAUUCGUGUCUGCUACCUUAAUUACUAAACAGUAUUAUUCUGUGGGAAUCUACUCAUCCUCUCACUUGCAUACUUUUAAUUUAAAACUAUUUAAGAGAAUUGAAAUUCCAGUUAUUGUAUAUAUUUUUCUAAAAACCAAAUAAAACUACCUAUGAAAAUGAA